AUGUGGAUCCUUCGAAAAGUCCAAGAGAGUGCCGAGAACUUUCCGGUGGAGAUAAGCCGACUUGUGGGUAAAAGCUCAGACGAGAUCUCAGCCAAGGCAAACCUUCUCAACAAACUCCACAGCAAUGUCCUGACACCAGAGAAAAUUCCUGACUUCUUUCUGCCCCCCAAGCUGAGUAGACGCUCUCUAGUUGCAGUGGAGGGCAUCGUUUCACACUGCUUCGAGGAAAAUGGCAGUCAAACCUCUGAAACAAAUUCUGACACUACUACUAAAGUGUUGAAGACAGAUAAAAACAAGGGGACCACGGCGGCCAUGAGGGGCCACAUAAAGCCAAUUCCUUUUUCACUUAAAAACUAUGAGUCUGGAUUUUUCGAGAGUCCAAACACUCGGCGCAAGGAGUCACUGUUUCACUCUGCACUUUCCAGCUACACACUCGAACGGAUGACCAACAGGGUGGUGCCCAAACUGCCCUCCAUAACACUUCUGAAAGUGGGCAGCGUAGAGAGUGACACCAGUUCUUCUGCUGACUCCUCCCCUCACAGCUCACCACUUCCCAUUAGGAGCAAACGUGAGACACAUUCAUCAAAAGAAUCUCUUCUUAAAGAUGAUUUACUGUGCUCCAAAAACACAGAAACAAAGAUGACAAGAGAUAGCCAUGUUGCUCAGCCUGCUUCAACUUUAGCACCGCCUCUUCAAUUCCCACUGGACAUGCUACACUGUCAGGAACGCCUCCACAGCGAGCACGUCCUCCUCCUCCCAUGCAGGGGCUGCAUUCGUCUCUCUGCUUCUCGUGCCAACAUGGAUGGAGAUCUGUCCACCGUUCGAAUUCGGGUGAUCUCCAUAGAGGACUUGCGUGAACCCGGUGACCCCCGACCGCUGCAUUGCGGUCUCACCUUGAGCCUGAGUCCGGGCAAGCUGCAACGGCAGCACAGCGCUAUCAUCAGGAACUGCCGCAACCCUGUGUUUAACGAAGACUUCUUCUUCACAGAGCCAGACGGAGAGGAGAAAAGGCUGAGGAACCUUGCUGUCAGGGUGAAGGUGCUUGAGAAGAACUCUAGCCUGGGAAGGGCUUCAGUGCUUGGUGUAAUCAUCAAGCCACUCACUGAGCUACUAGCAUUGUAA